AUGACAUUGAAGAAAACUUCCGCUCCCUGUCACCAAGGCUUGACGCCGCCAGAUAGUCCAACGAAGGAGACAGUUACGCCUCAAGCUACAGUGAAUGAGCUGAAGCAUCUUUUUGAUGUGCUUGAAAAGAUGCUGCUCGAUCUUACUAACAGAGAACCUCCAAAUACUCCUGUCUUCCAGGACCACUGCCAAACAUGCCCCGACAUAGUUCAAUUGAAACAGUUGUUGACGAAUCUCGUCCGCGAUGAGCGUUCUUCAAUUGUGCCACUCGUGGCUAAGCCUGCUCAGUCUUUUUCCAGCAAUGAACAGGAAGAGAAGAUUCAGGCAGCGGAGGUAAUUGAUCUUCAAGCUCCGAUCCGUACUACUCCGGAUGAUUUCAAAUCGUUUGAGAAGUGGGCAUCUCAUGCGUCGACACCCCAAUUCAAGACAGUCGUGGAAACUUGGGACAAAGAAGCAUGCAAAUACAACAUUGACGAGCCAACGGAUACCAGAAAUGAUCUGGAUGACCACGAUUACUAUGUAUUUGUUGUCCGUCAACGUGUUGACCGGAAGUCCGAGGAGGUGACGGCGUACAUAGACAUCAAAUCGGAAGGCCUGCGCGAUAUCCUGCGUGAGGUAUUGCAUGACAUUAAGGCCGUUAGCUUGAUGGAAGACGAGCCAACUAUCGGGAAAGAUGUGCUAUUUCAUUUCCUUCCUGAUUUCAACAAAUGCGCGGAGAGCAUGAAAGCCAAUUCGGACCGUGGAUCCACACAUAGGGAUAAUCUCGAAUUGCUGAUCGACCACCUUAAACAAACACAUGCAGCUACAUCACAACGCCUCGAUUCUAUGCUAGAGCAUAACCAUAUCACAUAUGAUCUUCUUUGGGCACUUUUCAAACCUGGGUCCUAUGUUUACACCACAUGCUUCGGUACAGGAGAGCCGCGAUGUGUUGUAUUUGACGCAGGCGAAGAGACGACUGAGGACGAUAUUCCAUUUUUUAAGCUUGAGUGCCGGUUCCUUGAUUAUGACGGAGCCAAAUUUGGUGAAACAGGGAUCUUUCUGCGCAUUUUAAAGUUCCGCGGAUCGAAGCCAAUCGAGACUCUCGAGGCAUUCCCUCUCCACUAUCAUCCGAAUCACCAACAAGUCCGAAAAGACCUAGUGGGACGAGGUCAGAAGUUCCGUGAUUUGGCCGGUUCGCACAUUCAACAUUGUAAUGGCAGCGCGUUCUUCAUGAACAAGGGGAAGCCUUUCAAAAUGAGUAUCAAUUGUCGAGUAGCAGUUGACGCUGCAUUUUUCCAUGAAAUGCAACCAAAUUACUCCCGACCUCGCCUCCAGGACAUCUGGGCGAAAAAUAGGGAUGGAAUUUCAGUCAUUGACAUAGAUACGCUGAUCGGCAGGGGCUGUGAGCGGGAGAAAGAGAGAAUGAAGGAGGAUAGCCUGGAUGGACAAGAAUUGCGGGAGAUCGAUUUCUUGAUCGCUUGUCCAACGGUUUGCUGUUUCAGCUUCAAGGAAAAACUAUUCCGUGAGUAUCACGUCCGUCUACGUGGCGUCCUAACUAAUGUGAGGUCAGUGGAAUGUGCGGUCGGUAGUCUUCAAGACGUACAAUGGUCCCCAGAAUCCUUCGACAGUCUGGAGAUCCCUUCGAAGACUAAAACGCUCCUCUCCUCCUUGGCAAAAUCCCGCCUAGGUUUGGUACCAGCUGUGCCAUUCGACGAUGGGAUCGAUGGGAAGGGCCGUGGGCUCAACAUCCUUUUGCAUGGCCCGACCGGUGUCGGAAAGACCUUUACCGUUGAGGCAACUUCGGAGCGGUUUCAUCUUCCUCUCUAUUCUAUAUCGGCGGGUGAACUUGCUGUCGACGGAGGUGAUUCUAGUGCGCUUGAGCAGCAGCUUGAGCACAUAUUCAAGAUUGCUAAGCACUUCAACGCCGUGCUACUCUUAGACGAGGCAGACGCGUUUUUGGAGCAGCGUACCUCUUACCAUGGCAUCCACAAUCGCCUCGUGACUAUCUUCCUUCGAAAGAUGGAAUACUACCAGGGCGUCCUGUUCCUCACAACGAAUCGGAAGAUUCAGUUUGAUGAAGCAAUCCUGAGCCGUAUUCAUCUAACCAUUAAAUAUGAGGAUCUGUCAAGGGAAUUUCGCAGAGCGAUCUGGGAAAACCAGUUGUCCAAAGCUUGCACAGCCCAAGGACCUGCUAUUGUUGGGCACGAGGAGUUACAGCCAUUAUCGAAGUCGGCUUGA